AUGGCGUCUCUACGGCAGCGUAAGACCGCGUCGAACUCGCCAUCGUCUACAACAGGAAGUGUAUCGUCCUCUGCAUCAGAAGAGCCUUCUACGACGUCUGUAGAGACCGUGGGGCCCAAGAACGACGAGGAUGAAGCUAGCGACUGGCCCUCCAUCAUGUUACUGCUGCUGUUGUACACACUGCAAGGCAUCCCCAUGGGUCUUUCGAGCAGUAUUCCAUUCAUUCUUCAAGAAAAGGUUGGCUACGGUGACCAGGCCACUUUCAGUCUCGUAUCGUGGCCCUUUAGCCUCAAAUUACUAUGGGCUCCAUUCGUGGACUCGCUCUACAGCGAACGCUUCGGUCGCCGCAAGUCAUGGCUCAUCCCCGUGCAGUUUACCUGUGCAGCACUUAUGGUGGUGGGCAGCUGGUUCAUGAGCGACUUACUGGGCGAAGGCGAGGGUCAGAAGCCACACGUCGUCUACCUCACCGUCUUCUUCUUCGUGCUGUACUUCAUGAUGGCUACACAAGACAUCGCCGUGGACGGAUGGGCAAUUACCAUGCUUUCAGAGAAGAAUGUCGGUCAUGCAUCCACAUGCAACACGGUAGGCCAGACUGUCGGCUACUUUGUAGCGUACGUGGGCUUCCUGGCUCUCAACGACCCGUCCACGUGCAACAGCUACCUACGUAGCGAACCAGAGGACGAAGGACUCGUGUCAUUGCCCGGUUUUAUGAGUUUCUGGGGCUGGGUCAUGUUCUUCACCACUCUAGGCGUGUGGCUCUUCAAGCACGAGAAGCCUGAGGAUGAGAACAGUGAGCGCCUGACAAUUGCUCAAACUUACUCGCAGAUGUACUCGGUGAUGCGUCUCCCCAGUGUUAUCUCUCUGUCUAUUAUGCUACUGACGAGCAAAAUCGGAUUCGCUGCUGCGGAGAGCGUCGCGUCACUUAAACUUGUGGAAUACGGCAUGAAGAAGGAGAAAUUGGCUCUAUUAACACCGAUUUUGAUCCCCUUGGGUAUCGUCAUUCCCGUAAUGAUCGGUCGAUGGAUCAAGCCAUCGCAACCGCUUAAGCUCUUUCUCUGGGGUUACCCAGUUCGACUUGCUGUGGGACUUUUGUAUGCGGGGCUUGUGUACAUCACCCCCAUGGCCAUGGCACAGGACGAGAGUUCCCACUUCGUUUUCUACGCUGUCAUCCUAGCCAUCGGUGCGCUACACGAGGUUGCUGCCAACAUGAUGUACGUCCCGCAGAUGGCUUUCUACGCUCGUAUCAGCGAUCCGUCCAUCGGUGGCACGUACAUGACUUUCCUCAAUACGGUCACAAAUCUGGGCUCCAAGUGGCCCAAUUCUCUCAGUCUGGCGGCUGUGGAUCGUCUCACAACACGCGAGUGUCUGGGUGGCUACUUCCACGACGAAAUACUGGACAUUGGAUCCGUCACGUGCUCGGACGCUGAGGCACGUAAAGCUUGCACUGACGCUGGAGGCGAAUGCCUCGUCAUUCGCGAUGGUUUCUACGUGGAGUCAGUUAUCUGCUUGGUGAUUGGUGUGCUCUGGCUCCUCUUCUUCUUCCGUCGGAUCCAAUUCCUACAGAACCUCAAGAUCGACAAAUGGCGUGUGAAUGCCACGGCCGAUUAA